UAACGCUAAAACAUUGUCCGCUGCAACUCUUCAUCACCCCAAGACUUCCCGCCCCUUAAGCCGUUCAUUUUUUCUUCACUAAAUGAAAUUUCACUUAGGCACUGUCUAACUACUAUUUAGUAUCACCUGAACACCGAGAUUUCUCGGAAAGGCAGCAAAUAAUUUCUGCUAAAGUAUCUCCUUUUCUUUCAGAUUUGAUAGUGUGUGUUCUUUCGUCGUUUCCGCCAUCCUUCUAUACGUUUCUCAUUGAUAGACCAUUGUCUCUUGGGUCUUACGUACUUAUUUAGGUGCAGAACCAGAAUUUUGUCUUCCUAUAGCUGUUAAAUACUUCAGAAUGGGUGGAUGGACGAUUGUUGGAGACUCUUUCAAGGGAGGUGAUGUGAAGCUAGUGACUGAACAUUUAAUUGAACUGUCCCGGAAGUCGAAUGUAGACUAUGGUGCCGAAUUUCUCGCUGAAAACGAACACCAAUACCCUCCGGCGACCGAAGAUGAAGAAAGAAGAAUUAUAAAAAAACUUGAUUUCAUCUUGGUACCGAUGCUUUUCUUCACAGCGACGAUGGGAGCAGUUGACAAGGUUUCCCAGGGUACAGCGGCGAUUUAUGGCUACAUUCCGGACAAUAAUUUAACAGGAUCUCAGUAUUCCUGGCUAGGAUCAAUUCUUUUCCUUGGUUCCUUAGUCGGGAUGUUCCCCAUGUCCUUUUUCUUGCAGAGGUUUCCAUUGGGAAAAGUUCUAGUAACCGCUUCACUUUUCUGGAGUAGUUUAACACUUCUAUUGUGUGUUGGUAGAAGUUUCGCUGGGUUGGCUGCUAUUCGGUUUCUUAUGGGGUUUGUCGAAUGUGCUAUUGUCCCUGGGUGUACUCUUGUCUGCGGAAGAUUUUAUUCCAAGGGAGAAAUUGCUACUCGUUUGGCUUUUGUUUUUGCCUUUGCUUCUUCAGUUAUUAAUGGGUUUUUGUCAUGGUUGGUUGGUUAUUUUCAUCAUUCCACAGUCCCAGCCUGGAAGUUUCUCUACAUCUUGGUGGGUUCUAUUUCAUUUCUUUGGGGUUGUCUCAUGUGGGUAUAUUUGCCAGAUUCUCCCUUGAACGCCAAAUUUCUUACCAACCAAGAAAAGGUCUACGUCGUGAGACGGAUUAUCAGAAAAAGCAAUGGCGGUGUUCAGAAUAAUAAUUGGGAUUGGCAACAAGUCAAGGAGGCAGUUCUCGACAGCAAAACUUAUGUCAUAUUCUUUUUCAACAUUGGUAUAAAUAUUUGCAAUGGUGGUCUCUCAACGUUUUCUUCCAUAAUCAUUUUUAACCUUGGAUUUAAUGCAAUGAAAGCAUCGUUGAUGGGUAUUCCAACAGGUGUCAUUGCAACCCUUGCUACCAUUUUCUUCACGUUUUUAUGUAACAAAUUCAACAACAAGCGUUGCUUGAUUGCAAUUAUUUCACUUAUACCUCCGGUUGUUGGGUCAGCUAUCAUAUAUGCCGUGGACCGGCUGAACGUGGCACCGCAAUUGGUUGGUCUCUACUUGCUUUAUUUCUACUUUGCUCCGUACGUCGUGAUGAUGUCCCUUGCCCAAGCUAACACUUCUGGAAACACCAAGAAAUCUGUCACCUAUUCUAUCAAUUAUUUGGGUUAUUGUGUGGGAGCUCUUAUUGGCCCUCAAACUUUUAGGGCUAACCAGGCUCCAAGAUACACUGGAGGUUUUAUCGCCUUGCUUUGUUCUUUCCUUAUUUGCAUGAUGUUUGCUGGCAUAUAUUGGGCGAUAUGUAUUUGGGAGAAUUCCAAGAAAUCGAGGAAGUACGACGAAAACGAAGUGUAUCUGGAAAAGCCGGUGUCCAGAGAUGAAAAGGAGAUUGACGAUGAGGAAUAUUACGAUCUAUCUGAUUCCCAGCGAAAGCAUUUCCGUUACACUACAUAGUAAUUAGAGUACAAUUAAUUUAAUUCAACGACUUAUAAGACUUUC